AUGGACCACCACUGUCCCUGGAUCAACAACUGCGUGGGUCUGUCGAACCAGAAGUUGUUCAUCCUCUUCCUAGUUUACACCUGCGCGAGCGCGGUCUUCACUCUGGUCCUCCUCGCCGGGAGUGCCUUCUACUGGCUGUGGAGCCAAAAAAAUUGGUCGGAUGCACCACCUCCGGGCUCCGCGUCGCUGAUCUGCACUGGGAUGGUGGCAGUCGAGUGCUUCGCUGCCGUACUCUUCGUGAGUGACUUCCUCCAGGAGCAAGUGGAGUCGAUUCAGAUGAACUCAACGUUGGUCGAGACGUACCAGCGAACACAUGGGACGCGGUCGACAUUCUACAACCAUUUCGUGGCUGUCUUUGGCGCGUCCUGGUGGACAUGGCCGCUGCCGUACCCGUCGGCCCCACCGCCGGACUACACGGAACCUGCGAUCGCUGAUGAUCCCUACGGCGAAUUAAGCCAAGAGGACACGUCUGUGAUCGACGACAACAGCAGCUUGGGCAUUGCGGGUGAGGAAAGCGAAGAGGCGGCCAUGGGCUCUGAGCCUCCCUUUGCGCCCUUCCCACCCGCUGCCGACGGGCCACGGGGUGCCAGGGCGAGGCAUCGCUACACCACCCCGCCAGCGGAACCGGAUUGA